GCGAGAAAGGGGUUCGGUGGGUCUAGGAGCAUAAGGAGAGAAUAUUCACCGGCGCCUGCGUGCUGCGGCGGACGGCCGAGUCUGCAGGCGCAGCCGCGCUGCCCCGAGUUCAUACCUCUGGGCCACGAGGCCCCACCUCCCGGAACCCGAAUUCUCGGAUUCCCCCACUGCCCCCAGAGGACCUCCCGCGGGAGCCCACUUCCCCAGCUGUCGGGUGACCAAGAAGAGAGCAUGCUUAGGAGCGGUUAGGAAGCCUCUCCGCGCUUUCCAGAGCCAGGGAGUGGUUUUUGGAUUGGAUUGAGCUUUCUGACUCAUGCACCCGUUCAUUCAGCAGAUACGUGUUGAGUCUCCAGCCCCUGUAGGCUUUGGAAUUUCGACUGCAAGGGGCAGGAGGGGAGGAGGAGGGCAAAUCAAAACAAGAAGAUGAGACUCCGUGAAGGGUAGUUUGUGUUACCCGGUUGGGAAGCAGGGACAGCGGAAGGGUGUCCUCAGGAGACAGUUGCGCAGCCUCUGAAAGGAGCCAGGCCCCCUGAGAGCGCACAUCUUGUCUCACUAGAGCUUGAUGAAGAUCAGGUCAGACAGGCAAAGACCAAAUCUUGCUGGGACUUGGAGCCCCAUUACCUAAAUAAUGAGCAUUCCCUCUGGCUGCCCAAAGUGCUUUGUCAACAAGGAGAUUAUGGGAAGUAGGAGCUGGUGCCGUAGCUCAAUGGUAGACAUGCCCAAGGCUCUGAGUUUGGGCCCCAGCACUGCCAGCAACAAGGCCCCCGAAACCUAAGACCAGAGGACCCAGCAAGGAUGAAGAGGUUCCGGUUCUGUGGCGAUCUGGACUGUCCUGACUGGGUCCUAGCAGAGAUCAGCACACUGGCCAAGAUUUCCUCUGUGAAGCUGCGGCUGCUGUGUAGCCAGGUGCUAAAGGAGCUUCUGGGGCAGGGGAUUGAUUAUGAGAAGAUCCUGAAGCUCACUGCUGAUGCAAAGUUUGAGUCUGGAGAUGUGAAGGCCACGGUUGCAGUGCUGAGCUUCAUCCUCUCCAGCGCAGCCAAGCACAGCGUGGACAGCGAUUCCUUGUCCAGCGAACUACAGCAGCUGGGGCUGCCCAGAGAGCACGCCACCAGCCUGUGCCGCUGUUAUGAGGAGAAACAGAGCCCCCUACAGGAGCAUCUUCGGGCCUGCAGCCUUCGUGUGAACAGGCUGGCCAGCGUGGGCUGGCGGGUGGACUACACUCUGAGCUCCAGCCUGCUACGUUCUGUGGAAGAGCCCAUGGUACACCUGCAGCUACAGGUGGUGCCUGCUCCGGGUGCCCUGGCCCAGCCUGUGUCAAUGUCCCUCUCAGCAGACAAGUUCCAGGUUCUGCUGGCAGAACUGAAGCAGGCUCAGACCCUGAUGACUGCUUUGGCCUGAGGGAGGCGUGCCUAGCCUCUGUGGAGCUGCCCUGCUUGCACUGAGUUGCUCCCCUCCACACUCCUCUUCCAAGGGUGGCCCUGGCCUCUCGGGUCUCUGGCUGCCUGGCUUCCUGCCUAGGGCUCCUGGGGAUCUUCCCCUGAAUUGCCUUCUUUUGAAAGAAAACACUUGUUAACCAUUUUUACAGACAAAAAGAAUAAACGAAUGUACAGCAGUGUG